GAUCCCCCUCCCUCACCCUCACCCACCACCACCACCACCGCCUUCUCGUUCCCCCCGUUUCCAAUCCGCGGCCUUUGCAGUUCUUGUCCUUGAUUCCGUUCUUCUCGUCCUUCCUGCGAAGAUUCCAGAGAGAGGGGGAGAGAGUUUGUUAUUGUUGUUGUUGUUGUGUCUGAGUGUGCGCUCAUGGGGCUGGACGUCGGGGAGAUCGGGAUGGGGCUGGAUUUGAGCCUGGACCUGAAGAUGUUCGCGGCGAGGAGCGCCGUGAAGAUGGCGGCUGCGGCGGCCAAGGAGGAGGCGGCGUCCGGGGUAGACGCGUGCAUCAGGAGCCUCGAGGAGGAGCGCCGCAAGAUCGAGAUGUUCAGGCGCGAGCUGCCGCUCUGCGCGCGCCUACUCGCCGACGUGAUCGAGCUGAUGAAGGAGGAGGCGGGGAAGAGGAGGAAGGACGGGGACGCCGCCGCCGCCGCCGCGGAGGCCAGGGCGGAGGACGGCGACAAGACGAAAUGGAUGAGCACGGCGCAGCUCUGGGUGGACAGCCGCGGCAGCGACUCCGAUUCCGAGAAUGAACGACGGAGUGGUAGCACCUCGCCGGCGUCGAGGUUGCUCGGUGGCGCGGAAGAGUCGUCGAGGUCCGUCGGCUCUGUUGGGCCAACGCCGUACUUUAGAAGGGAGGACAGGGUGGGGCUACGACCUGCUAUGCCGUUGCUGCCUCCGGUUGCUCACAGGUCGCCUCCUCCGGCUGCUGCCGCCGCCGCCGGCGAUGACCACAGGCACGUUGUCGCUACAAGCUUUGCCCGCGACGUGCCGUCACCCGUCCCGGCGGUUAGCUUGCAGACUCAGGCUCAGCAGCAACAGCAGGCGAGGAAGUCGAGGCGGUGCUGGUCGCCGGAGCUUCACCGGCAGUUCGUCGCCGCCUUGCAGCAGCUCGGUGGCCCCCAAGUUGCUACACCGAAGCAGAUCAGGGAGGUGAUGAAGGUUGAUGGGCUCACCAACGAUGAAGUGAAAAGCCAUCUCCAGAAAUAUCGGCUGCACAAUCGGAAGUCGCCAGGCACAUCUCCGGCGAGCCAGUCAAUUGUACUUGUUGGUGAUCUUUGGGUUCCUCAGGAAGUAAGCUGCUCUCAGUCCGGAUCACCUCAAGGUCCCCUUCAGCUCUCCGGCUCAGGUGUGGCCGUCUCGGCAGCCACCGCCGGCGACAGCUGCUGCGAGGACGAUGACAAGUCGGAAGGCUAUGUCCGGAAAUGAUCGAAAGAUCGCGCUCGUGGAAUCUUGCUAGACAGAGAGGGUAGAUUGAUGGAUUUCCGGCUUGCGCGUCGGGGGAUGCAGAAGCUCAGAGAAGAUUGAGCUGUUGUGAGCUCAAGGGAUGAGCUGAUCAUGAGCUGGGUUUUGGUGGUGUAGAUGAGGCUUGCAAAUUGUCGGGCAGACCCCAAAUUUUCGCCCUGAGAUUUAUAUACAUAGAGAUAUAUAUAUACAAAAUUCGCAUAUUGUUGUUUU